AUGGCUGACUCUUUCACCUCGGGCAAUUGCAUGAACUCCAUGGGCAGGCUCUGGCUGGCGAGGAUCACAUCAUCCUCGGUCACCACGGUGGUGGUGGGUGCAGUGCUGGCGGUUGAUGACCCGGUUGGUCUGCUUGAUUCAGUCCUAUAUGGACACACUGCCUUCCAGUGGCCUCGCCUGCCGCAUGCUCGGCCAUUGGAGGACAUGAUUCUGUCCUGGAGGCGGGCACGUGCUUCCUGGCAAGCACUGUAUGCUGUGGCCAAGUUGGACCCCCAGUCUCCGAAGACCCUGGGCCGACCGAUGACAGAACUGGAGAGGCACGCUGAGCAAGUGAAGCCUGCCAAGGUGGAGAUCGAGCAAAAUGUAGGUCCAGACUCCCCGCAGGCGACGGCAGAGGAUGACUCAGAGCGUCUUGAUGCCUUGUCUGCCAUAGUCUCGGCCAACUUCAGCCGUCGCAUCGCAGAACAACCUGGCGUCAUCGCUGCCGGCUCUGCCUCCGUGGAGUUCGAAGACCAUGCGGUGAAGGAGGCUCCUACGCACGUGAAUGCCAUGCAGACCAUCCGAGCAAAUUCUGGAGUCUCUGCCACCUGGUCUCCCAAGUCCACAAGUCCCAAAGCCAAGGGCAAACGAAGGAGACCCAGAGCCAUGACUCGUUUGGGCAAAGAACUGGAUGAUGAAGAACCAGAAGAAGUCGGAGCAGAUCAGGAGGUUGGAGAAGAAUCGCCCAAGACCACGGCUGAAGGGGAUGAUGGGGAUCACUUCCGAGACAAGCUGGAAGCAAUUUUGGCCAAGCACGUCAAGGCGAAGGAGGGCAGCGAUCGUGCCAAGGAAGCCAAAGAGCUGGCAGCGCAGAUGAACAAAACCCAGGUGACGCAGAUCAAGGAGGUGCUGCAGCCAGAAGUCCUGGAACUGCAGCAGGCCCUGAUGGCAGAGCUGCAGAACGAGCUGAACCAAGUCUCUCAACAGAUCGAAGCUCCAGACAGGGAUGUCCCACAGGAGGAACAGCAGGAACUGCAAAGACGAGCAAACGCCCUGCAAGAGCAUUUGCUGGUUGUGCAAGCGAUUUCCACCUUGCCGGCAGCCCAUGGUGAUAACUUGCUCCAGCUGGCCUUAGCGGAGAUGGCCGCGGAGUCCGAGAGCCCAUCUGCACACGCUGCGGCUGCGCGAAGGGUGAGAGAGAAGGCCGACUCGGAGGCAUCCCCACUGAGCACUCGUGGACUUGGCUCACGUGGCUCAGAGUCCUGGGCCAGCAAUUUGGUGAAGCGCUUUCCGAGGCAAAACAGCCCUGCGAGCCCCCUAUCUCCAAAGUCAGCAAAGACUCCACAGUCUCCAAAGCCGCCAAUGGUAUUCCGGGGGCAGGAGAGCUUUCGCGCAGAAACAGCUUCGGAUGAAGCAGCGCCUCUCUUUGAGGAGUCGGAAGACCAGGCUAGCCAUGGCCAGAAGUUAUGGAAGCGCGGGAAGUUCAUCGUGAAGUUCCUUGCAGGCCUGAAAGGUUUUAUGAAGCCCUCGGAGCACCACCACCAAGACCCCCAAGAUGCUGGUAAACUGCAGCUGGGAAAUGAUGCAGACACGGAGAGCGAGGCGAAAGUGGCUGCUAUGAAGUUGCGCAAGCCCGAAGCCUGGGGAAGGACACCACAGGUCAAUGAGGAGGAUCAUCAGGAGAUGAGUCUCUCUGGCUCUGCCACCGGCCCCAAGAAAGAGGUCCAGCCUAGUCCCUCACCCAAGACCGGAGACGCUCUUGUGCUUCCGGAGAGACGCAAAACGUCCGUAGACGUGGUCGAUAUCGAUUCACUGGUUGCCAUUGGUCAGUCUUUGGAGGCCGAAAGGGAUGAGGAGGUAGACAAUGAUGAGGACUACUUGGAGCAGCCGGGCCCUGCCUGGGUCGAUUCCUGGGUGCAGUCCGCAGAGGACAAGUUCUUCUCCGGCAUCCCACCACUGGCAAGUGGCGCUCUGGAGAAUCAGAAGGUCCCUGCGGAGCCUAUGGUGUCCAUCCUGUCAUUGCAAGCGGAGGGAACCAAUAAUAAAGGAGCUGGAAAUCGAGGGCUCAAAGGCUCGAAUCCCCGCCGCGGCGCCCCACGUUUCAUCCGAGACAAGGGCUCAAAGAAGAGCCACGCUUCCAGGCCUGAGGAGAACGUCCUCAUGGAUUUUGGAAAGCCCAAGAGUGUGAGCAUCCGCGAGGAGCCGGAGGAAGUGGCAGUUCCUCAAGACAUGCAGCAAGAGCCAAGGUCAGACACUCCGGACGAGCGACCAGUCGCACCAGCUCAGCCGCUUCAUGAUGCGCCAGAUGUGGAAGCGACGAAGGAAGAUGCACUCGUUGCUGAAGAAAUAUCCACGGAUGAGCUCAGGCGGAACAGUGACGUGAGUUCUGGCCCUGAAGAGGAGCCAGAGCAGCGACGGGAUGCGGAAGAAGAAUCUGAUCAUGUACUAGCACGACAUCCUUCGAAGACGGCGGUUGGAAAACUGUAUCGCCAGAACUCCAAGGGAAGCAAGCUGGACAUGUUGCUUCGCAGUCGGUCUUUCCGCUCUGGCACCUCCUUGAAUUUGACGGAGCCGGAUGAUGACGAUGAUCGCAAGGACGAGCUGGAAGCCGAGAUGGAGGAUCUUGAGACAGAUCCGGAGGAUCCGAACUCGGAAGAUGAGACGAAACGACAGAUGGCAGUGAGGCGAUGGAAACUCGGAACUCUCGGCAUCCAAGCCGUUCUACGACUCCGCGACACCAUUCGCAGCCCAGCUUCUCCUGCAGGGUCCAGGCGUAGCAGUUUCGCCAAGACCAGGGUGGUCACAGCCGCACCUGACACCGAUGGGUUGGCGCUGCCAGUGCUUCCAACGCUUCCAACGCUUCCAACAGCUGACGCCGGAGGUGCAGGUCCAUCGGCACUAUUGGCUUCUCCCAAAGUCAAGGCAGAAGCAGCCCCCAAGAGUGCAGGUACCUUAGCUUCUCCCAAAGGCAAGGCAGAAGCAGCCCCCAAGAGUGCAGGUCCAUUGGCAAUACUGGCAUCUCCCAAAGUCAAGGCAGAAGCAGCCCCCAAGAGUGCAGGUACCUUAGCUUCUCCCAAAGUCAAGGCAGCAGCCCCCAAGAGAGAUGCGGCUCCUCCAAAGUUACCGCAAGUGCCCGCUGCGCCACAGGCAGUCGUGGAGGACGUGCCGGGUCUUGUACGACGGACCUCCAUCACUCCACGGAGCAAGCCGGCGGCUGUGCGGCAACUGCAGGCGCCAGACGCUGCCAACGUCGUGGCCUUCAGCCCGGCCGCCACGGCCGCGGCGAAGCGGCUGCCGCCGGCGCCGCCGCCGCCCAAGACGGCUGUGCGGCAGAAUGGGCCGGGAGAUGUCACUGCCAAAAACUCCUUGGAUCGUGGUGACAACUUGACUCUCACGGCGGCCACCAUACAGGCGGUUCAUUCCCUGGACAAGCCAUACCUGGGCACUUUUGGUAAAUCCGAGCAGCGGCUCCUUUCUGCACAUACCCAGAGCACCCACCUUUCACAUGAUGACUCGCACCUGACUCUGUCCAAAGAUUCCGCCUAUUCCAGCGCUGGAUUUUCGCCCUACGCUUCGCAGACAGAGCUGCAUAAGAUGUCCACCACAAAUUUGUCCUACCAAAGCUCCGUGGCAAAAUUUUCGGUCGAUUCCAGGGAUCGAGAGGAGCUGAAGGAAGAGAAUGUGGAAGUUCUGGAGGUGGAGCCCGACGAAGUCAAUCUGUUGGGCUAUGCCCUGCCUUUGCUAGACCGAAAAUCUUUCGGUGUGGAGACGGCUUUGAUGACUCCCACAGGCAAACUCCUCGGAAGCCCUGGAUGUUGGAAUCCAGGCCUCAGCAAAGAGGUGGGUGAAAUCCACGUGGCCCAUGCUGGUCAUGUCUUGGAGUUGCGUUCCCUACCAGUGCUGCCUGGCAAGAAGGGAGCCACGGCCAAAGCGAAGCCAAAGGGUCCAAAGCUGGUCUUAACCAAUCUGGCGAAGCCCAAAAAGAAGCGCCAGCUCAUUCAGGCAAUCCCUGCUGAAGGUCGCAGCGAACCGCGGCGGCAACCUCUCUACACCAGAGGUCUGCGCUUGUGAGUAUCAUGGCAAUGUGUGGUUUGGGUUUGAAGAGGUGUUUGAGAUUGUUUGAGUACUUCUUGGAUUGGAGGCGCAGCUUUCAUUGCAACAUACAGGGC